AGGAAUCACGUCGCCGUACUGUAGCUCAACCUAGACCACUCAGGCAGCCCAUCUUUUCACCCACGAGCAACAUCAGCUUACAAUAUUGAGGCCGUCCAGAUGCGCCACCAAUUGAAUUUUGAGCCAGAAUACAUGACUAGGAGUCCGUGGCUGCCUCAAGUUCAUCUCAUGGCUUGAGCGCCCUGGCGGCCUUGCAGUCAUAGACUGACUGAUAGCACUAUUUCAAUCGCUGUUUUUUGAGUUUCUAUGUACUCAAAUUCAGAAAGCUCUGAGCAUAAGCUACCAACAUGUUUAAAGCUAUUCUUCCAUUCUUCGUUUCCAUCGCUGCUGCUAUUCCCCUUUCACAGCCUGCACUGGCAACCCUCAAUCAAACAUGCCAAGGACGACUUUUUUCUGCAUCACCACUCAGCAGACCAUGUUUUGCCAAACUAGAUGGCAUUAAUGCAGUGAUGCAGCAGACGCAGUGCUUGGAUGUGCAAACGCAUUACACUUCCGCCCAAUAUCGAACCGAUCAUUAUAGCGGUUUCAUGCACGACUAUAACGAAAUUUGCGCAUCUUCAGUCGACACUACGACAGCACAGUGUCUACUUAAUCCUAUCAACACAGUCUCUACAAUUAAUUCGAAAGACGCUAGCUGUGGUCAAGGAAGUGUGUCUCGGCACUACAUCGAGGUCUCCAGCCCGAACGACGUGAAAGCAGCAUUUGCGUAUGCUCGAAAGACUGGACAGACGCUCAGUAUCAAAAACAGCGGGCACGACUAUGGUAGUCGAAGCAGUCUGAAAGGCUCUUUAGCCCUUUGGACGCGAAAACUGCAGAACAUCAAAUACAAGUCCGACUUUGUGCCCGAAGGCUGUGCCCUCCGUAACAAUAAGUUUGCAGCCAUGACCAUUGGCGCGGGCGUGAACUUCAACCAAGCAUACGAAUUUGCAGACCAGCACAACGUCACCUUCGUUGGCGGGUCCUCCCCCACCGUCGGUGCUUCAGGUGGCUUCUCCAUGACGGGCGGUCACGGUCUUCUUUCUUCACAGUUCGGCCUCGGUAUCGAUCGGGUUUUGGAGUAUAAGAUUGUAACACCAGAUGGUGUUUACCGUACUGCAAACCAGUGUCAGAAUAAAGAGCUCUACUGGGCUCUAAGAGGAGGAGGAGGUGGUACUUUUGGUGUCGUCAUUGAGUCCACUUCCAAAGUUGAACCUCGCGUGAACCUUAUCUUCUCCAUGAUACAGUCACCCGCCAACGUCACCGACUUCACGCAAUUUUUGGGAAUCCUGAUGGAGAAUGCCCCAGGCUGGGCGCGUGAGGGCUGGGGCGGUCCAAAUGGUCUCGGUUAUGUGGCCAUGGUGAACCCCUUUCUUUCACUCGCCGAGGCUAAGAGGUCCAUGCAGCCACUCACCUCCUAUGUUUCCUCCAUCGGCGGCAGUGUCGUCAUCGAGCAGCAUUCUAGCUUUCUGAGUGUAUACUCGCAAUACGUGCAGCCCACAGCCAACCUGGACAUUCCGACUGCCAGCUUUGCAACCAACCGACUUGUCCCAUCCAGCUAUUUAGCAUCGAAGGAAGGAAAGGCCAAGAUUCAGAACGUACUGUCAAAACUGCAAACGGCUGGCUUUUCGCCUACCAUUUUUCAAACAACGCCAGCAUACUACCAAUCGAAAGGCUUGUACCAUGAGGGCGAGACAAGUGCAACUCCUGCAUGGCGUGAUAGCGUUUGGAUGAUCACUGGGAACACGCAAUGGGCGUGGAGCACUACGGUCUCUGAGAAGCUUGCCACAGUGCGGAACCUCAAGAGCAUAACUAAGGAUCUAGUAACAUUUGCGCCAGACGGUGGGUCAUAUAUUAGCGAGGCAGAUCCUUGGACAGUCAACUGGCAGGAUGCGUGGUGGGGAAAGGCCAACUACGCCAAGCUGUUGCAGCUCAAGCGUAAAUACGAUCCUUUCGGGUUGCUGAGCUGCUGGAGAUGCGUAGGGUGGGAGGAGAAGCUAAGCCGCAAGGGAGAGAUUUUUGAGUGCAUGGGAGGGCUGGACAGGUAGGUGUGCGUACGCGCUCGUCUCGUAUGGCUUUCCGGUAGGUGGGGGAGGAGUUCUGCUUUCCGUCCUUCUUUUUCUAAGUGCCGUUGGUUUGCACUGCACAUACAAUCAAAGCUAUAGACUUGGAUAAAACAGCCUUAGUAUUUCUACUUAGCUUGCAUGAGCACUGAUAUUCCUUUGAACGCGUGUUCUAGUGAUAAGUGCUAUGAGUGCAUUCGCACCAAUGAGCGCGACUAGAUCUGAAUGAAGUCAUUAACAUCAUCAA